AUGUACAUGCCCUUGCAUGUCAUCAUGCACAAGUUCUUCAGCCAAAUUCGCUGGGCUCAUCACCUUGCUCCGCAAGGGUUAAACAAGCUAAUGCUCCAGAUCAACCAGCGUCUGGGCGAAAUUUCUGAUGCUACUUCUGCCGCCGCGGCUACAGUCUCUGUACACAAGGAUAUUUGGAGGAGCGGCGAAUCGAUGCAACGGCUCUUUCAACAACGUGCGACAUGUGUUCGGCAUGACCGGCACGUAGGUUCAGUGAUGGGGAAGCAUUUUGGUGCAGCGGCUACUGCAUGGGUGAUUGAUCGAGUUGCAAACGCGUCUGAACAACCGACAUGGUGCGAGGGGCAAAGAUGA